UCCGAGAGACGACGACGAGCUACUUGGCAAAUGUCCUACGCCGCCACCGACGACGACGGUUGUUCCCGGGUGUGAGGAAGAUUCGCGGUCUGGGAGGGAAACCUGUGUGUGAAAAAUCGAGGACCUGUGUGUGUGGGCGGGGAAGUGUGCAACAGCAUUCUUUUGCUUGCUGCUGUCCUUGCACUUUUGGCUUGCAGGCUGGUGGUUAACAAGUUGGUCGGAAAUCUGUGAGGAAAAUCUGAGCAUCUUUUCCCUGUGGCGUGCGGCUGGAUGGACCACACACAGACCAGGCUCCCGGGGAACGGUUCGCGUUUUAGCGUCCUGGUUUCUGGAUUCGUGAGGCGUUUUAGUGGCCCAGUGGGGCAAAUUUACAACAUUGGGUGAGGCGCGCGCUUCAAGUGGGCUAUCAUUGGGAAGUUUUACGGGAUUCACGCGAUUUGUGGAAAAAGGAAACGGGAAAACGAAACUAGGAAUUGGCGAGUCCAAAAAAAAAAGCGAGGAAACAGAAAUUUCUGACUCCUGCCAGCGCAAUCUGUGGCUAAUGGAAAGUGUGCGAAAAUGUAAAUUGAUAUCGCACUGUGCUGUGGAAGUAGAAAACUGAUAGCUCCCAAGUGGUGGGUGGAUUUUUCCGGAUGGAGUUUCGCAAGCUUCGGGGAAAAAGAGCCGUUUUUGUCUAUGUGUGUAGCAUGUGAACGGGGCUAGAAACAGGGAAACGGAUGGUCUGGAGUCGUCCUUACAAAGCUAGGCUGCUGCGUCGUCGGGGUGCUUCAAUCAAGUGUUUUGCCGUCGUUGUCGUGCGUCUGUGGUAGUGUGUCAAGAUCUUCUUCUAUUCUGAAAAAAAAAACGAGAAAAACAAGAAAACGGAAUCUCCUUUCGGUCCAUCAUUAUUGUGUGUACCGUACCUACAACAUCCAUCUGAGGUUGUUUUUCCUUUUGCUGCUGCUGCUCUCAGACAGGAUACGUACCAACAUUGCGUGAAUUUCCACGUGUUUGUAAGCGGAGUGUCGUUUUCCUUUGGAUUGCAGAAAUAUGGGGGAAGAAAUCUUCUAUUCUUCGAGAAACGAGAGCGAGGUGCAACAAUAACAACAGCAAUAGCAACAAGAAGAACAACGACUCAAGUAUAUGUAUCACCAAAAUGGAUCUAAAUGAUAUGGCUCUGACCGUAGCAUAACUUAUACCAGUGACUGUCUCUCAAUAUGAUGGAAUGAAAGCUGAAAAACGACGACAGAUAAUCAAUAUACCAGCAAUUUCCAGUCGGAGAAACUAAAACGCAUCCAAGUGGAAAAACUUCUUCGGGUUAAAAUCAAUUCCACUUCCCAUCCACCAUCGAAUCACUACUGGAAAAAAACGAUCCGGGAAAGAAGUUUCACCAUUGCACAAGGGAUCUCUACUCGGAAAGCUACUUUUACCGGCAGCAGAAAAUCCUCGGUUCAACCCAUAAAGUUAACAACUCCCCUCACGCUCAACGCAAUCGAUUACCCUAUUUUGCACCGGAAGUGCAUAACGUGUGUGUGCGUGCCUGGAAACACAUCAUCAACUCAAAACGUUCCCGAUUGAACCCUGUUCAGCCAGGCAGAGCCGAGACCGGAAAUAGCACUUUUCCGGCAAUUGCUACUGAAAGUUAAUCAAAGUUUAUAAAACCGUUUUCGUGAUCCAAUCAAGUCUACAGCAGCUGACAUUUUGAACAGCCGACAAACUACCUACUAACUAUUGCUCAAAAACAACAACAACUAUCGUUAUACUAAAAAAGCGUGCUGAAAUCAUCCAUUCGCUACAGAACAAAAACCAAAAAAACAUUGUGCAGGAACCAGGUCCUCUUAGAAGGUCAAUGCAAAGAUGGCAACCCCACCGGACAGUCCCAUCGAGGAGGUUGUGUACGAGCUGGAACCGACGAGGGCCCCCAAGCCGAUUCCGGUGGCCCUCGAGGACCUCUGCAGACUGACAAAAUUCACCCGCCAGGAGAUACGAGUCAUGUAUCGGGGCUUCAAAACGGAAUGCCCCGAUGGUGUAGUGCACGAGGAUAGUUUUAAGGAUAUUUAUGCUAAAUUUUUCCCUCAUGGAAAUUCCAGCCUUUAUGCACACUAUGUGUUCAAAGCAUUCGAUGUGAAUUGUAACGGUUCUAUCACAUUUCGGGAUCUUCUUGUGACCCUGUCAACACUAUUGCGUGGCUCCGUAUACGAGCGACUGAGGUGGACCUUCCGCCUAUACGACAUCAACGGGGAUGGCUGCAUCAGCCGGGGAGAGUUAGGCGAGAUCGUUCUGGCGGUUCAUGAGCUUAUGGGCCGAAGGCCCCACCAGCCGGAGGAUGACCGGAAGGCCCGGGAGCAGGUGGAAACCGUUUUCGCGAAGCUGGACCUGAACCAAGACGGGAUCAUCACGAUCGAGGAGUUCCUGGAGGCUUGCCUCAAGGAUGAUGUCGUCACCAAGUCGCUACAAAUGUUCGACACAUGCCUUUGAUGACCAUCGUCAGCCGAGAGCAUUCUGGCAGCAACGAGCAAGGCCGUGGAUCCGGAUCGUUUCUCUUUGAUCCACUUGUAGGGCAAAGAGUAAGGGUGCUGCUCAUGCCGCCCGCCUCGGAACACUCUGUAACAAAGCUAACAAUUGUGAAUGUUAAUAGUCGUUAAGAAACGUAGUGGCAACGAAAGAUCCCGA